AACUUGGCUGGAUCUCAAAAGUGCAUGUGAAUCGACCUGCAGUUGUGAGGCAUGCAGAACGAAUUAAAAAAUGGAGAACUGUGAAAGGUAAUUGGCAAGCUGCUUGGCUGCUGAAAGCUGUCACCUGCAUAGACCUUACCACUCUUUCAGGUGAUGAUACUUCUUCAAAUGUUCACAGACUGUGUUUUAAAGCAAAGCAUCCUAUCAGAGAGGAUCUACUGAAAGCCUUGGACAUGCAUGAUAAAGGUAUUACUGCUGCAGCAGUUUGUGUGUAUCCUGCAAGAGUCACCGAUGCUGUUCAUGCCCUAAAGGCUGCUGGUUGUAACAUACCAGUAGCUUCAGUGGCUGCUGGAUUUCCAUCUGGACAAACUCCUCUAGAAACCAAACUGGCUGAGAUAAAGCUAGCUGUGGAAUAUGGUGCCAGGGAGAUUGACAUUGUCAUUAGCAGGAGUCUGGUGCUGAGUGGCCAGUGGGAAGGUCUCUACGAGGAGAUCCGCCAGUGCCGCGAGGCCUGUGGAGAAGCUCAUAUGAAAACAAUCUUGGCAACAGGUGAACUGGGGUCCCUUGCUAACGUCUACAAAGCCAGUAUGAUAGCUAUGAUGGCAG